GUUCAACGCAUUUUCAUGUCGAACCGCCAUGUCAACAAUCACACCUUUUACGGUUGCAACUCGCGAGUACUUAUUAACCGAAAAACCGGAACGUAAAAACUGCAAAGACUGAAGAGGAUUAAAACGCGACUGAAUAGAAAAUUUUAAAUAGCAUGCAUAUACCCUGGUGCAAUUUACAGACGUCUAUAUUUAACAGCAAUGUGGAUCAGUGGUUGAAAAAACUAUAGUAUAAAUCAACGUAUAAAUGCAACGUUUCCGACAUUAAAAACUAGUGCAAAGUAAACAAACCUUGUUAAUCAAACAAAAUUAAAACCAAGUACAUAAAUGUGAAUAAAAUGUCAUGAUACAUAUUAUUAUACAGUGACGUUAUUACGGUGAUACUAAAAAAUAAAUGAAAAAAGGCAGUCAAAUAAUCCAUUGCACUGCAUAGCUGUGCUCCAGGUGAUAAGAUACUGUCUAGAUUAGUAAAUAUCAUAACCAAUAAAAAGUAAAUAGAAGUAAAAAGGAGGUCGCGGCAGUUCGAGACUUUAGCUAGCUUUGGCCUGAGUUUGAGCGUUAUCUUUUUUGGGGACGCUUUGCUAUUGGCGAGUUAUUUUGUUUGGUUGGUUAACGGUGGUUAUUCGGGCACCACAAUAUGGCGGCUAACCUGGAAGAAGAGCAGAGUUUACGGGAGUGCGAGGAAUAUGUUCAACGGCAUAAUAUCCAGCAAGUUUUAAAAGACUGUAUUGUUCAGCUGUGCGUCGGUAGACCAGAGAAUCCUAUAUCAUUCCUACGCGAGUAUUUUCAGAAGCUUGAAAGGGAACAAGCACACGAUGCAAAACAGCAGAGUGCGACGAGUCCAGAAGAUACAGAGGAUAUGCCUGCCGGUCAGCAAGGACCACAAGUACCUCGAAGAAGAGGGGGAAUUUCUGCUGAACCAGUAUCAGAAGAGGAUGCGACGAGCUAUGUCAAAAAAGUUGUACCAAAGGACUAUAAAACCAUGGCCGCCCUGAGCAAAGCUAUUGCAAAAAAUGUCCUAUUUGCCCACUUGGAUGAGAACGAACGCUCGGAUAUAUUCGACGCAAUGUUCCCUGUCACUUUUCUACCUGGUGAACCAAUCAUUCGACAAGGUGAUGAAGGUGAUAAUUUCUAUGUGAUCGAUCAAGGUGAGGUGGAGAUAUUUGUGAACAGUGAACUAGUCACGACGAUAGGAGAAGGUGGAAGUUUCGGGGAACUUGCUCUGAUAUAUGGAACUCCACGAGCAGCCACAGUCAGAGCAAAAACUGAUGUUAAACUUUGGGGUAUCGAUAGAGAUUCCUAUCGCAGAAUUCUCAUGGGAUCUACAAUUAGAAAACGUAAAAUGUAUGAGGAAUUCCUUUCCAGAGUGUCUAUACUAGAAUCAUUGGAUAAGUGGGAGAGAUUAACCGUGGCAGAUGCUUUGGAACCGGUAGUUUUUGAUGAUGGAGAAACGAUAGUACGGCAAGGGGAACCUGGCGAAGACUUCUACAUAAUUGUUGAAGGCAUGGCUCUGGUCCUUCAGCAACGUACUGAAGGUGAAGAACCCUCAGAAGUUGGCCGUCUUGGACCCUCCGAUUACUUUGGAGAAAUCGCUCUUCUCUUGGAUAGGCCGAGAGCUGCUACUGUGGUAGCUAGGGGGCCGUUGAAGUGUGUCAAAUUAGAUAGAGCACGAUUUGAACGUGUCUUAGGCUUGUGCGCAGACAUAUUGAAACGCAACAUCACGCAGUACAACAGCUUCGUGUCUCUAUCUGUAUAGCUGUCUAACGUACCACAAAUUAGUGCCCCACCAUCUCCUACACAACAUUGAAAUCCUCCCUCAUCUCCGUUAUAAUAUAUUAUUUCAUUAUCGAUGAAUUUAUUUUAAAUGAUAAUAACUAUUAAUGUUGUACUAUACCGUCUAUUGAUUAAUAUUAAUAUAUUCAUAUAUUACUAUACUACAUUAGAAUCUCUAUAUAAUAAAACGAUUAUUACUCAUUA